CACUGCGCAGUGCUUUUUCUCUGCGUCAAAGGUUUAGAUAAUUCAGGGGGCGCCCCGAUCCGGCCCUUUGACACUCGCGGCUUGCGAGCCCUGACUGCGGUGAUCGAUCGGGCAAAGCUACCGUCUACUUUUGGCUACUGUGGCUACUGCCAUAUGGCCAUGGCUGCCCCUGGUCGAUGAAGCCACGGCCGUCGGCAGCCGGGCCAUGCCUCAUCAUGCACACGCUGCCGGCGCUGAUGGCGGCUCUCGGCGCCGGCGGCGACGGCAUGUCGGUGACGAGCUUCGGCGCGCGGCGGCCAUCGCGCGUGGCGCGCGCGUCGAACUGGACGGACGCCGCCCGGCUCCUCGCGCAGCACCCGCGCGCGACGCUCUUUGUCACCGGCCAUUCGAUGCGCUGGACGGACGCGGACGUGGUCGUGGCGCUGGCGCCGAUCGCGAGCGCGGCGGGCGUGCUGCACGCGGACGACCGGCAGGUCACCGUCGACGCGCGGAUCACGACCGCCGCGCUCCUCGACGUCGCGCUCGCGCGGGGGCGCUACAUCGGAGGGUUCCCGGACGCGAGCGACCUCUCGGUCGGCGGCGUCGUGCGCAUCGGGGGCGUCGGGCCCAGCAGCGCCUCGCGCGGCCUGUUCGCGGACAACGCCCGCGCGUUCUACGGAUUCCGACGAGGAUCGACCAAAAUAGAGGCCCUGGACCAGGCGGAGCUCGGCGAGAGCGUCCUCACGCGCGUCGUUUUUGAUUGGUACCGCGUCGGCGGGAUGAAAUUCACGCGCCGCUUCCACGACGGAAGAUACGGCGCUCGCCGCGUCGCGGACCUCGCGCCGGACGUCCUCUUCUUCGAGCAGGACUCGGACGCCUUCGGCAGAGGCACCAUCAAGACGGCCGUCGCCGACGCGUCCGCUUCCGUUCCCGCUACGCUCCGUCGCAUCCGUCUGCUGCACAACGAGGCGCUCGAAUAUACGAACGAGCACGUCGCGGCGGGGCGCGUGCCGCGGUGGAUUUGCCGCUGGUUCGCGUCAUCCGCUGCCGCCGACGGCUUCAUUCGAGCGGCGCGGAGCUGCGUGGCGAAUGACACGGCGUUCCAUGUGCGACGAGAUCGCAGUCGGCGCCUCGGGGUCUGCAUCUUCUCGUGGGGACGUACGCACGCCGAGGCGGAGCCGCGCGGGCCUUUGCUGGAGGCGGUGCGCCACUGCUACCCGCGGCUGCUCGUCGAGAGCGCUGAGUACCCCAUUUAA